AUGGAGGAUGAGAGUGUGAAUGGGAUGUGGUGCUCGCUCCGGAAGGGCGCUGACAUAGGGAGUGCUGGGUUCCUGCGGUGCACCGUGGAUGAGGACCCAGGACCCCGGCCCCUUCCUCUCCUCUCACUCCCCAGCCAGGGGGUGCAGGACCCCGCCUGCAGCCGCAGCCCCUCCUUCCCCGUGCUCACAGGACCCGGCCAGCUGCCACAGCUCCUCCCCCGUGUUCGCAGGCAGGCAUGUCCCAGACACAGCACCUCCGACAUGGUCACCCCAGGCAGCCUCAGCCUGCCCCCAACAGUGCCCGCAGAUGGCGAGCAGACUGGGCAGCCCCUCCUGGAUGGAACCCCCUCCUCAGCCUCUCUGGUCCAGCACCGGGUACCCACAGCCGACUACUACCCUGAGAAAGCCUACAUCUUCUCCUUCCUGCUGAGCGCCCACCUCUUCAUUGAGCCCCAAGAGGUCCUGGCCCAGGGCAAUCUGUGCACCCAGCAGCAGCAGCCAGUGCUGGACAAGGCCCGGGUCCAAAUGUUUGGCCCCAAACUGCUCCAAUUCUGGACAGAACCCUUCCCACGGGAUUUCCAGGAAGAGUAGGCUAUUGGGCACCUAAAGGACAUGGUGGGCUGCAAUGCCCCCUGUGAUGAGGCCUCCGGGAAGAGGAUGCAGCAGCUCCUGCAGGCUCUGCGCCACAAGCUUGGGACCAGGGGACGCGCUGGACCAGGGCCUGAGGGCCUGAUGGGCACGGACAAGCCCAUCGCCUACCAGACCAAGCCACAUGCCUCAGUCCACAGGGUGCUCCUCAGCGUCUGCAGCGACCCCUACACGCUGGCAGAGCAGCUGACUCACGUGGAGCUGGAGCGUCUGCGACGCAUCGGGCCCGAGGAGUUCGUGCAGACUUUCGCAAGCAAGAACGCGCGGGGAGCGCGCAGGUGGGCGCACCCUUGCUUCAGUGACAAGACGAACAACCUUGAGACCUAUGUAAAAUGGUCCAACUGACUGUGCUACCUGGUAGCCACUGAGACCUGCAUGCCAGCCAAGAAGAAGCCACGGGCCCAGGUGAUUGAGUUCUUCACUGACGUGGCCCGAGAGUGCUUCAACAUCAGCAACUUCAACUCCCUGAUGGCCACUGUCUCUGGCAUGAACAUGAGUCCUGUCUCCAGGCUGAAGAAGACAUGGGCCAAAGCGAAGACGGCCAAGUUCUUCAUCCUGGAGCACCAGAUGGACCCUACAGGGAACUUUACUACAGCCCUGCGUGGGGCAGCACACCACUCCCUGACCACAUACAGCAGGCGGGAGAAGGGCUGACCUGCCUUGUCUUCCCUCUGGAUUAUCAUUCCUUCCUUCAGCCUGCUCAUCAAAGACAUCUACUUCCUGAAAGGCUGUGCCAACCGCUUUCCCAAUGGACAUGUCAACUUUGAGGCAGGACCUGGGGGCCUCCCCCUUUACUUGGCUUCAUACGACAGUGAGACCCCAGAGAACCAGACAGAGGAGGACAGGUGGAAAUCGCCAAGGCGGGCAGCGGGGGCGGGCGGCCUGCUGCGGCUUCGGGGUUCCCACCCUCGGCUUCCCAGCGUGCUCACCUCGUCCAGAGCAGGGGUCUUGCUUCGCAGCCCAGGCACCUGCCCUUUCUGGGUCCUGCUGGUUUCAGGACAGCUCUCUGGUGGUGGCUGUGAAGCAGGUCAGGAGGACCAGCUGGACUCCUGGGACUGA